AGAGAUAACAGAGUUCCGAGAAUGUGACGCAUGCAGUCAUACAGUUUUUACAGAAUGCCACGGACAAGGAAACGAUAUUUCCAUUGUAUUCUCUGUCAAAAAAGAACAAAACCCACAGACAGGCGAAAAAUAACAAGAGAACAAAAACGAAUAUUACAAAGGCACAUUUUCUCUGUUACUGAUGACGAUGUUUUAUGCAGUAACUGUCGCAUAAAAUGCAACAAAAAUCUUAAAAAGAAAACACAACGUAAAGAAGUCACACAUGCAGGAAAUGACAAAAACUUCUCUCCACCUCAUGAAAGCAUUUCAACUUCCAAAUAUGUCAGAAGCCCUCCAUCUGUUACGCUUCCCUUUCCAUCAACUUCUACCAGCCACUCUAGUUGUUUUAUUUGUCGGAAGCCUGGACCAAAGUUAGUGGCAGUACCCGCAAGUGCAAGGAAUUCUGUUUUCUUGCAACGAAAAAUUCUUAUUCCUUAUGGAACCAGAUGUUGUGCAAAGCACAUUUUGAACGAUAAUUUAACUGCCGAGUCUCUUGAGGAAAUAUCUGUCAUUUCUCAAGCCUCUAAUGUUAACAGAAGUUCAAUAACUGAUAUUCUGUUGUAUAUGAGAGAAGUUGCUUUGAAAAAUAAAGCCUCAAGAAUCGAUUUUGACAACGAAGAAAACUUUUCUGAUCAGCAAUAUGUCCGUCUAACUGGACUUAACAGAGCUUCGUUUCUUGAUUUAUUAUCCCAUAUUGAUGGCAAAAUAAAUCGCACACCUGUGCGAAGUCAAAAAAAUAGCCUUGGAAUUUUCCUUAUGAAAAUGAGGUCUGGAUUAAGCAAUGACGUAUUAUCUUCAAUUUUCAAUAUAUCUAAGGCAAGCAUUCGAAGGGCUAUUUCAGCAGUAAGAAGUGCGUUAAUGGAGAGUUUUGUUCCACAAAACAUCGGCUUCUCUCACGUAUCUCGGCAAGAAGUCAUCAACCGACAUACGCGUCCACUUGCUGAAUCUUUGUUCGGAGGAACCGGUACACAAGCCCUGCUUGUCAUAGAUGGAACAUACAUCUUCAUCCAGAAGAGCAUGAAUUUCACCUUUCAACGAAAAAGUUAUAGUCUGCACAAAGGUCGACCAUUGGUUAAACCCAUGGUAAUUGUUUCUACCAGUGGAUACUACAUCUCCGUUUUAGGACCUUAUCUUGCACGAAACAGCGAUGCUACAAUAUUAAAUCAUAUAAUGAAGACAAACAGAGAAGAUGUUUUAAACUGGAUGGAAGAAGAUGAUAUUUUCAUUGUGGACCGGGGAUUCCGAGAUUCCAUAGAAUACCUCGAAGAGCUUGGAAUUAAAGCAUGUAUGCCCUCCUUCAUGAAAAAAGGAGAGAAACAGUUAUCGACACAGGACGCCAAUACAAGCCGCUUAGUUACGAAGAUACGAUGGGUCGUUGAAUCUUCAAAUGCACGGAUUAAGAGAUGGAAGUUCCUCGAUCGCAUACUACCCACCAGCCAAGUACCAUACAUCGGCGAUUACAUCAAGAUCGUGUGCUCGAUCUCCAAUAAAUAUUAUCCACCGCUGUCCACAGGUGAUGCUAAUGAAGAUCUUGCCACAGCCUCUAAAAUGAAAUACCUGUCAGCUCAAGUCAACCAUUUAAAGGAAGAGGUUGAAUCCCAAAAGCUUAACUCUCGAACUGCAGUGUGGAGACAAGCAGGUGAAAUUGAGAACUUCCCACGCCUAGAUGAGGAUGACAUAAGAAACAUCACUUGCGGGACCUAUCAACUUAAGCUAUGUAAAAGCUAUGCCGAGGAACAUUUUCAUGGCGGGGCAGAUAUCAUGGUUCACAAGGAUGACUCUCAUCUUGUAAGAGUCAAGAUUCAAAGCAGACAUGUUUCUGCUAGGUCAUAUCUUCUAUGGAUUCGUUAUAACGAGUCUAACAUAACUGCAUGGUAUUGCAAAUGCAGGUCCGGUGCACGCGUGGUUGGAGUUUGUGCUCAUGUUGCAGCAGCCAUAUGGUUUCUUGCUCUGGGCAGAUACAAGGAGUCACUCCGCCCGGUUUGUGACUGGGGACAAUUUGUUGAUGAUGCGAGUGUAAUUCCGGACACAAUUGACGAAUCAGAGGAGGAGGGUGUGGAGGAAUAAUUAGAAUGGACAAAGAUUUAAA